AUGGCACCUUAUGAAGCAUUGUAUGGAAGGAAAUGUAGAACUCCAUUGUGCUGGACAGAACUCAGUGAAGCUAAAGUGAUAGGUCCAGACUUGGUGAGGGAAACAGAAGAGAAAGUGAGAACUAUCAAGGAAAGGUUGAAAGCAGCUUCAGAUAGACAGAAGUCUUAUGCAGAUUUGAAGAGAAAAGAUAUAGCAUAUGAAGUUGGAGAUAAAGUGUUUCUUAAAGUCUCUCCAUGGAAAAGGGUGCUCAGAUUUGGCAAAAAGGGAAAGUUAAGUCCUAGGUUUAUCGGUCCAUAUGAGAUAAUUGAACGUGUGGGUCCGGUAGCCUACAGGUUAGCAUUACCCCCUGGAUUAGAUAAGAUACAUAAUGUCUUCCAUGUAUCCAUGCUGAGAAGAUACAGAUCUGAUCCUUCUCAUGUCAUUUCUUCUGAGAUAAUUGAUAUUCAACCUGAUUUGACUUAUGAGGAGGAACCAGUGAAGAUUUUAGCACGAGAAAUAAAGGAGCUAAGGAAUAAGAAGAUUCCAUUAGUGAAGAUUCUUUGGAGAAACCACAAAACAGAGGAAGCUACAUGGGAAAGUGAGGACUUAAUGAGGCAACAACACCCUCAGCUAUUCAUGACAGGUAAAUUUCGAGGACGAAAUUUUUUUAAGGAGGGGAGAAUUGUAACAUUCCAAAACCUGCAGAUAGAAAUAAAGCAACCAUUAGCUUUCAAUUGUACCAGUCCGAAGUUAGAAUAA